AUGUCUGCCUUUGACAGAGAAUCCCGCCUCAAGACCAAUCUGAACACCACAGAUGGCUCCUACGAUCAGGGCCUGGCCAUCUCCCAGGCCAUCCUGAACUCGAGCUUCGAGAAGCUCUAUGAAAAGUGUCCUGCCUUGCAUUCGUUUUCCUAUGAUAGUGGGCUUGCAAAGAUGGAGGGAGAGAUGCUGCCUUCGCGUUGGAUUGUGCCCGAAGCCACCCUUAACCUUGGCCAAAUCCUCCAUGUGUUUCGGUUCAAGACCGGCACUUUGAAGGUGGCAGGCUCCCAGGCCCACGUUAAGCUGGAUAACUGGGAGGUCGGUGUCUUGUGCGACCUAGGACAGCAGUUCGUUGGGGAGUAUGCCGAGGAGGACAAGGAACAACGCGUAUUCGUCGAAAAAGAGUUGAGCGUCCCCGGAGAUUACAAACUGCAGCGAUUAUAUGCCAAGCUUGCUUCUGCACAAUGGAACAAAUUCGAUGUGCACACCUCUAAGUUCUUUGAUGACAAAGGCAAUCCUAUGACUUAUGAAGAGUGGCAAAAAAAGGACCUUAUGGGCGCCACGACCUUUGGCACCACAUUGAGCUUGUAUGGCGCUGAUUUGCAGAAACAGGGUUUAUCUACCCUGGCAGUCAGUAUCAUCCUGACUGGUCUGCCCCAGGAAAUUAUACCAACGUUCACACCUACAAACGUCACUCAGCAGAUCUACCCCUACCGUGAUCAAAACGGCGAAUCGGAAUACGGUGAUACCGUCAAGGGAAGUAGAAAUUGUCUCCUCUUUCUCGAGGUGGUCAAGAAGGAGGACGGUAGCGACGGCCAGCUACCCGACGCCAGGCAGGUCGGAUACCACGGCAACUUUUGCUACCCGCCAGCCGGCCAGCCUGGAGUCGACGGAACCUUUGUCCUUGGGGGGGAGCUGUUCCUGGCUCGGUACCUCCUAAGGCAGCUCCAAGCCAUCAACGAGGCCUCGUCCAUCUACGCCUAUCGAAACACCUAUGACAGCGUCGGCGGGUGGGCCUUCCCAAUAGACAUAGGGAGGGAUCCUAGACACCGAGACUACAAACACAAGGCCUACGAAUUCGUCAAAUCCUCCAAGGAGCGGACCUGGGUUUACAACAAGCGGAGUGAUAACUCAACGCCGGCGGCUCUCGACGGGUCGGGUCGUUGGUGGAGCUCUGACCACUGGAGCGAGGCACGCACAAUUGUGUCCUGGCAGCCCGGGAAGGCGCCGUACGCCAAGGUAGAGGGAGAGUAUAUAUACUAUCGCGGCAUCACCUUUGCUGAUAACAAACAAUUGGCCGAUCCAUCGACUUAUAGCAAGGAAAAGUUUACGGGGAAAUGGACCCUCAGCGUGAGGGUAGUUAUUGAAGACGACGCGCCACGGCUCAAGCUGGAAUCCACACAAGACUUGGACUUCUUGGUGACCGGCGAGGUAGAGGCAUCGCCGGAUUUGGAACCCUACGAAAACAAAAAAUACGAAUUUCGCGACAGCGUCAAGCAUAGAAUCCUUUCACGGAUACCGGUAUUACGCAAUAACCUCCGAGAAGGAUUCCAGGGAGAUCACCAAUUUACGUUUCCUGUCACGGGGCAGCUCGCCUUCCAAGACCUCACCUUUAAUAAGGAGGGUGAUAUUCUGGCCGGCCUGAUUUGGAAAGAUGUUGAUGGACCGAUUGUCGUCCGGCCUCCCGACUUGACCGAUGUCAACAAGCUAGAGCCGUUCCUUCCUCUGACAGAUACAGUAAACUUUGGGCCCAUUUCUUGGAUGCUCAAGGGCCACAGAAAGUAA